AAUUUUUAACCAAUCAAAGUUUAGUAAACACAAUUAAUGUUUUCGAAGUUUACAAUUUAUCAUUAUUACAUGCAUUGAAAAUGUAAAAUAUGUAUCUUUUAAAAACAAUUUUUUUAAAAAAAACAUAGAUUAUUUUGAAACGGAUAGAGUAUCAAUUUUUUCAGAAAAUAAUAUUUCAAUUAAAUUUUAAUUUCAUAUUUUAUUAAUGUAAUCAAAUUUUGUACAACUGAAAGAGGUUUAAAUGGAAUAUUACCCAAAAGGUUUGAAAAACAAGUAAGAAGAAGAAUUCAGUAUUGUAGCUGCAAAAAAAAAGUUGACAAGUGAGAGUGCAGUGGUGUUGUCAAACCCGUUUCUUGAUUCCUUUUCCACUGCGGAGGUUAGUGGUCUGAUCUUUUCUUUUAUUCGUUUACCACUUCAACGGAGGUGAAGAUUAUAAGCUUUGACAAGCUCACUGGAAGCCAAAUAUUUUAGAAGUGACAUAAAAAGUCUUCGGCGCACAUGAAAGAAUGAGGUGAAUUUUAUCUUCUAGUGGUCAUCGUUUAUGGUUGAAAACGAUGUUUAAAGAUUUUAGAUCCGGAUUAGCGGAAGGCAUCGGAAAUUUGAGUUGAGCUAAGCUAUUUUAUGAAAAUUUUGAUUUGGAUGAUUUUGUUCGAAUCGAACUUAUCAUCGGAUCUUUAUUCCCGUUAUCCGUCUGAUUCAAUAAAAUUGUAUAUUUUUGAAAGAAAAAAAUUCCAAGUGAAUUUUGUUUGUGACGCAUUAAUUUAGUGUUACUGGGUUGGUUAAUUAGUUCAACGAAAAAUGUAAGUUUGUUAAUUAAUAGGUAUAAGCUGCCAUAACUCUUUAAGGACAUCAGAUGGUCAUUGUCUAUGUCCUUAAAGCAUUUCACAAGCCUUGUUUAUUUCCUUUAAUGAUAUACAGUUUCUACUUAAUUUGCUUUGUUUUGGCCCUCCACCACCGCAAUAUACCCAUUUCUCAAUACCAGAAGAGGAAACGUGUGUUGUUGAUGCAUUUAACAUAUAACUAUAGGUAUAUAUUUAACUACUCCCUCCUUUUCAAUAUAGAUGAUGUUUUAGAAGAUUUGUUUUGUUUCAAUUUACAUGAAGUUUUGAGAUUUUAAGGAAGUUUUGAGAUUUUAAGGUUAAUUUUAACUUUAUUGGAAACUGUUCAACCAAUUAGAUUUUACAGUCUUUUUUAUAAUUGGUUAACUGAUUUUAAAAUUAUAUCUUUAAAAUAUUUUUCUAGAGAAAUGUAAUUUUCUUAAUUUUUGUGCAGUAUUACAAAACAUCAAGUAUUAUAAAACGGAAGGAGUAUUUUAUAUGUGUAUACAUAAUGAUUAAUGAAGAGAAUUGGUGGAGCCAAAAUGGAAUAUGAUGAAAAUGAAGUGGCAAGUGACAUCCUGCAAUAUAUUGUCACAUAAUAUUAAUGCAACACAGAGUCUCCAUACCACAGUGACAUUGGUCUCAAGUAACUUCCAAUUAUAGUAAUAAGCAGACACGUUGUAGGUAUGAGCAUCAUGAGUAAGUAGCCUCCAUUCAAUUCCUCUCUCUCUCCUCUCUUUGUUUAUUAAUCAUGAAACUACUCUUUGUCUCUUUCUUUAUCAUUUCUAAUCAUCAAAUCUAAUCGAUCAUAGCUGCCUAGCUAUACUCAUUAUUCUCUAAUAUAUCUGACCAAACAUGUAACAGACCCUAAUAAAUGAUCGUCCGUACACCAAAAGACACCCUCAAGUAAAGAUAAAACCACCUUCUCGUUUCUUUCCCUUUGACUCUAUAUAACACAGCUCCUCCAUAGCUCUUCUUCCUUAGAUCCUCAGCAAACUCAUAAAUCUCUAUCUAUCAACGGGCAGUAUCAUCAGCAUCUGUUAGAGACUAUGAAGAGGACACAUCUGGCAAGUUUCAGCAGCAGAAACAAGACCCAAGAAAAAGAAGAAGGAGACACUAAUGGUAACGACAGAAUCAUCAUGAAUCACUACAAGAACUACGAAGCAGGGCUGAUCCCGUGGCCUCCCAAGAACUACACUUGCAGCUUCUGCAGGAGAGAGUUUAGAUCUGCUCAAGCGCUUGGAGGCCACAUGAAUGUUCACAGAAGAGACAAAGCAAAACUCAGACAGACACCUACUUGGCUCUUUGAUCCUCACCAUCAUCACACACCUGUUCGCAACCCUAACCCUAAUCUUAACUCUUCUUCUUCAACAACGCUAGCUCAUCAUGAGCCUUCCCUACUCAACAAGAUAUCCAUAACUACUCGGUUCGAUAUUUUGGAUAAUGCUACUAGCUAUGAAGGUUUGAUGGUGGAAAGAGAGAAGAACAAUAACAAUGUACGUAGCAGAGAUCUCAAGAAGACUGCCAUGGAUUCAUGUCAUGCUGCAAAAUGUGAGAUAAGUCGUGGAGAUCUGAUGAACAAGAAAGAUGGAGUCAUGGGGUUGGAGCUUGGGAUGCGUUUGAGAAAUCCCAAACAAGUUCUUGAUUUGGAGCUUCGACUUGGGUGCCUUUAAAUAACUUUGAUUAAUAAUUUAACUACAAGAUUUAUGUAAGAUUGUAUGUAUAGCUGAGCAGUGAGCAAGAGAUUGUGAUUGCAUUUAAACAAGAAUCUAUUUUCCGUAUUUCUCCAUGUGCUUUUACCAAGUGUUGAUCAAAAAUGAAUUUGUAGUUUUUCUUA